GGGCCAGUGGGCGGGCGUUCGCGGCAGCGCGACAAAUCAGGAUGGGAGGACUGAGGAAGGGGCGUGGCUUAUCAGGUUGGGCCUAGCCACUCUCUUCCGGGCUCCGCCAGCUGCGCGCGCAUCCCUCUCCCCCUUCUUUUGUGGUCCGGCCCAUUGCGAGGGUGACAGGAAACCCUGUGCAGGGAGCGCCGCCAUCUUGGACCUGCCCGAGGAAGAUCCUGAGGGAUCCCCAGGAGCAGUCGCCGCUGCCACCGCUACUGCCGCUAGCGCGUCUGCACCGCCGCGUCCAACCCGCUACCUGCCGGGGCCUGGGCCGACCGCCCCCGCCCUUUUCGGCUGCGCCCGCACUCUUCUUCCUCGCCCUGACGCCCCCCCUCCCGCCCGGAAAGCUGCCCAGCCACCAGCAACCCCCCAGUGCCACCAUGGCAACUGCACCAUACAACUACUCUUACAUCUUUAAAUAUAUUAUUAUUGGGGACAUGGGAGUAGGAAAAUCUUGCUUGCUUCAUCAAUUUACAGAAAAAAAAUUUAUGGCCGAUUGUCCUCAUACAAUUGGUGUUGAAUUUGGUACAAGAAUAAUUGAAGUUAGUGGCCAAAAAAUCAAACUGCAGAUAUGGGAUACAGCAGGACAGGAGAGGUUUAGGGCUGUUACACGAAGCUACUACAGAGGAGCUGCAGGAGCGCUUAUGGUGUAUGAUAUCACUAGAAGAAGUACAUAUAACCACUUAAGCAGCUGGUUGACAGAUGCAAGGAAUCUCACCAAUCCAAAUACUGUAAUAAUUCUCAUAGGAAAUAAAGCAGAUUUGGAGGCACAGAGAGAUGUUACUUAUGAAGAAGCCAAACAGUUCGCUGAAGAAAAUGGCUUAUUGUUCCUUGAAGCAAGUGCAAAAACGGGAGAGAACGUAGAAGAUGCUUUCCUCGAGGCUGCCAAGAAAAUCUAUCAGAACAUUCAGGAUGGAAGCCUGGAUCUGAAUGCUGCCGAGUCUGGUGUACAGCACAAACCCUCAGCUCCGCAGGGAGGCCGGCUAACCAGUGAACCCCAACCCCAGAGAGAAGGCUGUGGCUGCUAGUGACCUCUUUGCUGUGGCUCUCAUUUGACCUUUCACCUCUGUCUGUUGGAAGCAGUACUUUUUACUGCCUCGUUGUCUUCUGUACAUCUUACUGGGUUUAAUUAAAAAAACAAAAGAAAAAACAACUCUGUUUAAAAACAGUUUAACACAAUACUAAACUGCUAAACAACUAGGUGUAAUCAGGUUAUCAAAAGCAAGUAAUCUCUCCUGCAUGGUAUAUCUAGACUUUUUUUCCCCUUGAUUGUCCUCAUGUUAGGUAUGUCACCAAUACAUGAUUUAAACUGAGCACUGAUGCUGGACUUCAUGAUUUUUACCCCUCCCUCUUUUUGGCAGGGCUUUGUCUCACUGUACGGUUUAAUUUGAUAUCUUAAGCCUUUCUCCCCAUCUUUAACUGUUCAAGUAUGUCUGUUGUAACCAAGAAGUUUAUUGCUGUGAAAUGGCUUCUGGUGAUAGAGAAGGGGUUCUGUAACUGCUUUGUUUUGUUUUUGUCAGAUAAAUUCCCUGUUGUGUGGGUGGCAUUUUUCUUGAGGAGGUUUGCUUCUGUCUUAGCCUUGUACAGGGAAAACAUUCACUUAUCAGCUUCUCUCUUGUGCUUAAUUAAUAGCUUUAUUUUUUUUUUACAUUUUAUCCUUUCUCUUUAGCAGAAAGUAAAUAUGUAUAAAUUUUGAAGGAACUGAACUAACAAUACAUUCUGUGUAUAUUAUUUUAAUGAAGAAAAUAAAUUGAUUACUGGCAUUGGAACAGUAUAAAAUACCAGUUUGUACAGUAAGACCUAUAUGUGACCAUGUUACUCCCUUCCAUUUCACACAAGGAAAUAGACACAACUGCAGUUCACAAGUAAUACUGGCUCCACCCAUUGGUGCUGGCAAUUUGGGGACAUUAUGCUGUAAAGAGCUCCUAGCGUGAGAGGAUUAACACUAGCUCAUCUUUGUUCAUCUUUGCACUGUGGCUUACCUGCAGAUUUUCUUAACUGUUCUUGUGCAAUCAACAAUGUGCAAACCUGCUUUUCUCUUUUUUGUAAACAUUUUGCAUUACAGGCUGCAUUUCUUGCCUUACUGUAUAGAAAAAGAAAAAAGGCUGGGUUUAUUAUUGCACAUUUUAAGCUUUUAUACCUUUAUCUUCUUGGAAUGGUUGAGAUUCUGAACCAUAGGUCUGCUGUUAAGGGAUUUUAAAUUGUGCAUUUUUAACACUACAGUGAAAUAAUUUAAGAUAUCCCUUGUGUUCUUAAGUAUGAAGUGCUAUUUUUGGUCAUGUUGGCAUAAAUUGUUUUAUAAAAGGGAAAGUGUUUCUAACAGUGUUUCAAUGUUUGUGCUGAUACAAAGUAAGUUAUUACUUGAGAUGGUUUGGCCACUGAAGAAUACAGUAUUGCAAGGGAAACAAUCUUAUUUCUUUAGGUAAGAAACUUAGGUUUUACCAAGUUCUUUACUUCUAUUGACUGAUUUCUGAGGUUAAAGAUCAGGCUGGGAAUUCAGAAGUUAUUGAAGUACAGGAUAGGUAAACCUCGGUAGAUUAUAUAAAAUACACUCAGCUCAACUGCUGUGUUUAAAAUACACAUUUUAAAUCCCUCUUUACAGACACUAAAGUAAAAAAAAAAUACAACUUUCUGGGUUGUAAACAUGGUAGUACCAGAGUAUUGUAUAGUCAACAUUAAAUUAAGGUAGCAAUCACAAACUAAAGACCGUGGCUUGUUUAGGUGCAAUACCCUGAUUUCCAAAGUUAGUUACAGUGGGUCUUAAUGUUUUGUGACAGGAUUUAUUCAGACUGCUGUACUCUUCAUUUGAUGUAACAAAAUGCUAUUAAUCUGAAUAUUUGUAAAUAAAGUACCUGUAUCUAGAUUAAAUUAAAAUUGUUUGUAUUAUUUUCUGAACUAUGAUAGGAUUUCAUAUUUUCUUCAGGUAAACAAUUAUUUAGCGUAAGUUGUCAGUUUUUGCAGAAUUAUCCUUAUUUGUUGGUAGAGAAGUCUAGUACAUAGCAUAUAAAUCCACAUCACUGAGUUUUUAUCUUUGUGUUUAGAUCACACUUGCAGUGUUUUUAGUCAACCUUUUUCAGUGUGAGACCAGCACAUUUGGUGCCUGAUGGUGUUCUCCCUUCACUGUACUUGGGGCCAAAUUCUGUAAUUUUCAUGUUUAAUUCCCUACAAUAAACUUGGGUGCUCAAAAA